GCGUCCAGUGUUCGCAGUCCGGGCUCCCGCCUCCACCUGCAGCCCCUGUCCCACACGCCCACCACCCACCACUUCUUCCACGUGGGCCGAGGCUCCACGCCGGCCCAGCUCUCCACCUCUCGCACCCUCCCGUCCGCCAAGAUGUCGGCUGUAGACAGCGUCAGUUUCCAUGGCAACAGUCAGGCCAAGAGGACGUUGACCAAGUCGGCCGCUUCCUCUUCCGUCCCGCCCCAUCCGGCCAAGUCCGCGGGGUCCACCAGCCGGCCAGCGGACAACCUGAAGGAGACAAGCCAGAGCAUCGACUUUAGCACAAGCAUCCCCCAGGACUUGGCGGUGACCGGCGAUGACGUAGACGACCAUAUCCACAACCCGGACAUCCUGCUCACCUCCAGCACGGACUGUGAUGACCUCAGCAUCCUCCCACCGCCCAAGAAAGUCUUGCCCAAAAGAGAGCUGCCUUGGGUGUUCCGCUACAAGGUGAAGCGAGGUAUGAACACUCUCUCCCGGAUCAUGGCCUCCAAACCCACACAGGGCGUGGCACUUCACUCCAGCCACGCCUUCUCCUGAGUCAGAUGACGCUGAACAUAGCCCUUUAUGUGUG